AUGACGGAACCCGGAGCAGGAAGCUCGAGACGCCUCCCUGAGGGUCGCUUCUCGAUAUCCGCCAACCAAGUUCCCGGGAUCCCCUUUCCUCUCGUUCACCCAUAUCCUUAUCAACCGGGACUCGGACAUAUCCCGCCAAUGGAGAUGAAUCAGUGGCCAGAACUAUACCCGGGAGAUUCAUGGGAAGGUUGGCGCUCGAGGGAACCCUUUGCUCCACGGAGCUACUUCACACAAACCCAGAUGCAGAAGAACUGUCCUCACGGCAUGAUGGUCCGCCAGUUUGUGAGCAAUCGGAUGCUCUGUCCCAGCUGUGGCCGCCAGCCGUUUUUUGGGUGGUUGCUAGUCUGCGUAGAAGAUUUCGUGGGUCACUCUGAUCGAUUGGAUCCUAAGGGCCCGCAGCUUUCGCGUGGAAUCUCCCAAGCCAUCAUUGACGGUCACUACAAUCCUGAAGAGAGGGCAACUGUCAGACAACAAAAGGGAGGAGUUAUUAAACAGGUCGAAGAAUUGUUCGGGCCCGCAGCUCGAGCGCCACAGGUUCAAGCCAUUCGUGGAGGCGCAUGUGGGCAUCCGAAGAAAGGCCGGGAUGAUGGAAUGCACCUUGAGGCCAUCGAGAACAUUGGACGGAAGGAUCAAGACAAUCCAGCGUCUCCCUCUGGGCAGUCUUCCCAAAAGCGUCCCGCAGCCUGUCGUUACUGGUGCUGCCACCAUUGUAGACCAUUUCAUUAUGAGCGUACCUAUAUCCGGUUGGAUGCGUUUUGCAAUGAUCCCCAGACCGAAGUCACACUUCCAUGGGAGUUCGGUAAUAGACGGGUUUCCAACGCUAAGGUUGUUCGCAGUAUGGAUAACCAUUAUGAGCCAAGGGAACACCUGUUCACACGGGCGGUUCCUCAUCCCAUGGCCAGCGUGCCGCAUGCACUACGCCGAUCACAUUUUCGCAGGAACGCCAUGAGCCUUGACCUUCGCGCUCUCUAUCAUCGAUCUAAGGCAUCUGAUAUCUCAGACGGGAAUCGUAUCGCCGAGCUGAACGAUAGUGACUCGGAAUGUUCCUCAAGUAUUGACUCGACGAGCGGUUCUGUGGUUACUUCCGAGCAAGGGGUUGUCUUGCUUCCAGCAGCAGGAGAUCUCCAUGACCACGAAAACAUAUCUGGUAAUGAGUCGAGGGACGACGACUAUGGACUGAAAUGGUUAUUCCACUGCUCCGAUCCCGACAUGCGUGGCCCUACACGAUCGACAGCGGACGAAGGGCGGAAAAGGCGGGCACAUUAG